AAAAGAAUGUCAAAACGGCCGCCUAUUCCAAAAUUUACAGAUUUCGAAUAAACUCCCACAAAAUGCAUAUCAUUAUUUGAAGAAAUUAGCCAUUAAAUUGGCAAAAUGAAUUUGAGCAUUGAGAUUGAAAAGCAAUGCAUUUAAAUACUUUAAUCCUUAAAAAUACCUAACUCAUCUUAGUAUGCAUAAGCAGUAAUUCAUUGUGCAAUGAAAUAAUUGAAUCUUGAACCAUUUAUCUGUAACUAAAAGAUUCAAUAUUUGUCUUCUGUAAUAGAGACUCAACUCAAAAACAACUUAGUUAAUUUAUGUAAGAGGCUUAAAAUGGAUAAUCGAGCUACAAAAGCUUGUUAGAUUAUGUUGAAUACAAUCAUAAAAUUAGUAAACAAAUUACCAAAACAAAUACAAAAUGCUUUAGCAAUUAAAUUAACUUCUGACAUAAUUUAUCGAUAGUAUGGAGGUAUAAAAUUAGUCAUCAUAUCGAAACAUGCAUAGAUAUCAGAUGAUUAGUUAAAGAGUUGUUUUAAUCGAAUAAAACCAUUUAACAAGACUAUACUUGAAAAUUACUUCAACUAUUUUAGUUUGAGAAAACAAUAAUGAAUUAAUUUACUUUUAUUAUUCUGUAU